AUGAGCUGGGAGUGGCUCUCACCGAUGGAUACAACAAUGGGUGUUGUAGGACAGAGGUUUCGAGAUUGGAUGAGGGCUCUUGCAAACUGUCUUCGACUUGCCGAUCGGUUGACGGCCUACAGAAUGAAUUGGCAUAAGCAAAGUGUGUAUGUGACAGCGGUUGGCAUUCUCCAUCAUCGAUCUGCUAAUCUGUGGGUGAAGGUUUGGGGCUAUCCUACUUGUUCUGUGGCUGCCCUUCCGAUCAGUAGGGGCGUUGCCGAUCAAUAUGGAAAGGGUAGCUAUUUGAGAGUUUCUUCAAAGGUGUGGAUGGGUGCCUUAAUGAAUUUGGUAGUUGGGUGCCGUAGGAUAACUCCGAUUUGCCGAUCCGCACCUUGCUAUUGGUGCGACACCAUGGGGGUCUCAAGAACCGCUAUUAACUUGUCAUUCAGUGGGUAUGACACCAUGAUGGGCAUGCUACAGGAGUGCUGGAGCGUGCCGUAUGGUAUCCUUGGUUGUCCUGAUAAAAUCUUCGGCAUCAUGUCGUGGCUUGGGGGGUCCUUUGACUUGGAGUUGUGUGCUGUGCGGCAGUUGCAGCUUUGGUUUGCCAUCCAGGAGCUGUUUUUAGCAUGCCUUUCGGCAAUCUUGGGGUCUUAA